CGUCGGAAAGUGAGACUUCGGCUAAUGUUACACAGUUUGUCUGAAGUUAGUCCGGCUCUGCUCUCCUGCAAAGACGGACGCUUCACUCCACUCCGCGGCGCAGCUGGAAGACGGUUUUCCCGGCAGUUUCUGGGUCUGAUGCUCGGCCGCAGCUGCCUCAGCCGCCAUCAUGUUCACCAAAAAGAAGAAGUCUCGUAUCCAGAUCUCCGCUCCGUCUAACUUUGAGCAUCGUGUACAUACAGACUUUGACGAGCAGGAGCAGAAGUUUGUCGGGUUGCCGCGGCAAUGGCAGUCGCUCAUCGAAGACACCGCCAAAAGGCCCAAACCCUUCAUCGAUGUGACUGUCAUCACUACUGUAGAGCCACGCAAGACUAUUGUGCGUGGCAGCAAGCUCGGAGUGGACGGCUCUCUGACGUGGCUGCUGGAUGAGUUUGACACCAUGUCUGUGACUCGCUCCAACUCCCUGCGACGAGGCAGCCCUCCCCCCCAGCCCCGCAAGGACUCUACGUCUUCAGGAGGAGGAGGGCAGGAGAAUGGAGAUCCUCACCACAGACACUACUCUCACCCAGACAGACAAGACCGAGACAGACCCAGACCAGACCACCACAGUGAAGGAGAUCCCCGCCAGGGUCAGCGUGCGGUCCGUCCUCCUCAGUCAGAUGACGGAGUCCAGGGUCGGCCCCAGCAGCAGCCCCGGGGCCAAGAGCCAAGUCGGGCCCACAAGGACAGGCCAGGCUCCGGCCCUCCUCCUCCUCCCCCUCACAGAGACAGAGCGCAUCGGGACCGGGGCCGGGACCGGGACCAGGAGAAGGUGGUUCACAGGGAUCAACCCAGUGACCACAGGCCAAAGUCCAGCUACGUGCCACGGGAUGGCAGCCCUCAGUCUCCGAGGGACAAGAGGCCUCUCUCUGGGCCCAACAUCUGCACCCCAAACCUGCCAGUAACGGACGGGGUGAUGAAGACUGCCCAGCAGACAACACGGCCAUUUAACACCUACCCAAGGACAGACAGUGAGGGUGGACGCAGUCCCACAGGACAGCCGGGUCGACACCAUGAAUCCUCCCCUCAAAACGGCCCCUCCGGCGGCUCUGCCCGAGGGUCCUCUGGCUCCAAGCCCCCUGUAAGCCACCCUCACCCUCAUCACACUUCCCACCCCAGCCUGUCCCCUGAGGCCACCCAGCACCCACACACCCCUCACCCCAACGUUCCAGCCCCGCGGCCCCCUGUGCCCUCUGGGCCCCCGGCAUCAAGUGCUCCGACUCAGGGCCGCUCUCCGCAGAGGGAGCCCCAGAGGGUUUCCCAUGAGCAGUUCAGAGCGGCGCUACAGAUGGUGGUAGAUCCUGGCGAUCCGCGUACCUACCUGGACCACUACAUUAAGAUAGGAGAAGGGUCCACGGGCAUCGUGUGUAUCGCCACAGUGAAGACCACCGGGAAACUGGUCGCUGUGAAGAAGAUGGACCUGAGGAAACAACAGCGCAGAGAACUCCUCUUCAACGAGGUGGUAAUCAUGCGGGACUAUCACCAUGAGAACGUGGUGGAGAUGUACAACAGCUACCUGGUGGGAGACGAGCUCUGGGUCGUCAUGGAGUUCCUGGAGGGAGGAGCUCUCACUGACAUUGUGACACACACCAGGAUGAACGAGGAGCAGAUUGCUACAGUGUGUUUGUCUGUCCUGAAGGCCUUGUCUGUCCUCCACACACAGGGUGUGAUCCACAGAGACAUCAAGAGUGACUCCAUCCUCCUCACUCAUGAUGGCCGGGUGAAGCUGUCAGACUUUGGCUUCUGUGCUCAGGUGUCUAAGGAAGUGCAGAGAAGGAAGUCUCUGGUUGGAACACCGUACUGGAUGGCACCAGAGCUCAUAUCCAGACUGCCUUAUGGACCAGAGGUGGAUAUCUGGUCUCUGGGUAUCAUGGUCAUAGAGAUGGUUGAUGGGGAGCCGCCGUACUUCAACGAGCCGCCACUCAAAGCCAUGAAGAUGAUUCGAGACAACCUGCCUCCCAAACUGAAGAACCUGCACAAGGUCUCCCCUCUGCUCAAGGGCUUCCUGGACAGGAUGUUGGUGCGAGACCCGGCUCAAAGGGCCACCGCCAGCGAGCUCCUCAAGCACCCCUUCCUGACGAAGGCAGGUCCACCGUCCUGCAUCGUCCCUCUGAUGAGGCAGAACAGGAUGAGAUGAGACAUGUGACACUAAGACCUCCAGACACUGGAGGGCGGGCGGGCAGCAUGUGCAGGUUCAGAUGGAACAGAAUACUCCUGCACACAGAGGAAGGGCCCACAGAGGUCAGAGGUCACAGACGAGAGGGUUGCACUGCAGGCAAAACUCUCGGGAAAGUGCUGUGAGCUGCAAAGUGUAAACUGGGUGUGCAGGAGUAUUCUAUUUUUCUUAUGUGAAUCACUGAACUGUGGGGAGUGUACUCCCUCAAUAAGAGGCAAUAAGGCUGUGUUUGUGUUUGUGUGUGUGUGUGUGCGUGUGCGUGUGCGUAUGUGUGUAAGCAUAUGUUGCCAACACUGUUGACGACGGUGUUUAAUGGCGCGUACGUGUGUGAGCUCUCUCUUGGGGAGAGAGAAGAGCAGAGACGCCACAACUUGCCUGUUGAGUGAUAUAUUUUUUUUUUGCCGAUUUCUUGUAAACAUUUUUGUUUUAACUGAUGGGGUCCUGACCUGGAAAGAUUAAGGACUGAGGCUGUUUUUAUUUUUCCAUUUGGACCUUACCUGGAUUUCAAGUGUGAAGGUGGGUUUUGCACACUAAUCGGAUGCUUUGAAGGAGCCGUGAGCCCACUGGCUGAUUUUAGAGACAGAGCGAGCGACAUUUUAAUCUCACUAUCUGGAAGCCAAACUUUUUCACUACAAGGACUUCUCUCAUGGACGGAUCCCAGACCCGGACACUAAUCCUCGCCACGCCCAGAACUUACUACUGAGAGAGGAAAUCUCUUUUUGGGACUCUUAUUUUGUAGCCAAAUAAAUACUAGCUUCCUGUUGUAAACAAGCAGACAUACACUACGUCGAAAGGUAAACACUGGAGUUGUGGUUUUUUUUAACAGAUGAAUUUUUCUCUUAUUUCCUUUUUUAUUUUCCUGUGUAAGUACAAUGAACAUAGAGAGAUAUAUAUCAGUUUUGAUGUUUUACUAUCUCUAUUUUGUGAUUGUUUUAUUAUUAUUAUGAUUUCCUGGUUUAUUUUAGAGAGAGAUGUGAUCAUUUUUUGAAGCACUGUCGAGGAGAGAUAGAAGCUGCACUCCCGUUUGAUUCCAGCACGAAGAUAAAUAGACACUAGACAUUUUAUUUUGGUUUCUUUUUUUAGACCCGACCAAGUAGAAGUUUUGGACUUUUAACGUCAGUGGUCAAGAUGUCACUCGGAGCAGGAAAGGUUUUACAGAAGCGUUAAAAGCAGAGAGAAAUGAAGAAUACACCCCCUUAAAAUGUAAUGAGUAUGAUAGAUCCUACCCCUGUUGUAGCUUUUACUCUUUUUCUCUUUAGAAGAGUUGGCUUUCCCCCCACCCUCUUUUUUUAAUUUUUUUUUUUUACCUUCGUUAACUAUGUCCGCUGAUUAAUGGUCGAAAAUGAACAUGAGCUACUUUUUAGGCAACCAAGUUAUUUUUAGUCGGUGGUAAAUGUCCGCUUCCUUACGUCAUCAACACAGUGGCUGCUGCUGAUGUGCAGGAGUGUUCGUAUCAUGUUGAAUCGAUUAAUGUUUGAUUGCCUAGUUAAUGCAUCUGCCACGGCGCUCCUGCGUCCACCUCAUCGUGUGGGACGUGUGACAUUAGCAAACAGUAGUCUUUGUCAUCUGGUGAGAACCUUAUUUAUAAAUCCUAGUCAGAAUCACACGCAGAAAGGAGUGUGACAGAUCAGCAAGAGGAGCUGCUUUGUUUGGAUUAAUAUCUCCAAUGAAUAGCGUCUGUCAUGCUCCUAAUGUGUGUGCGCGUGUGUGAGAACUGUUUUUAGUGUUGACAUUUAAGUCUGAAUGCAUGUGUGUUCUGUGAAAGUGGCCCAUUAGACAGAAAGAUAACAGAAGUACUUAGAAAGCAGGAAACACUUUAGUGAAGAACAGCUGCUGUUAAUGUACACACGCAUUCAUGAGCUAAAAAAAAAAACAUGAGACCUGUGUCAACUUGUUCUGGAUGUCACUGAGGGACAAUAAAGGCCUCAGUUAAUUUUCUAAUAGAAAAAGCUCCCAAAUGAUCAUCAACAGUGUAAAAACUUAAACAUGAAAACGUGUAUUUUUUUUUUUAGAUUCUGUUGAUUGACAGACAUCUGACUGGAAACCGCUUCCAUGAUAAAAGUUAAUUACAAAGUACAAAGUAUAUGAGGCUUUUUCACGUCAACACAGAUCAGUCAUUUAAAAAUAAGGAUAAAAUAAACUCCUCUGAUUGUCCCCUCCGCCAGACAUCACCCAGCAGGCUGAAUGAAACCGUGGAGAAUUAAUUACAGUUCAGUUUGGCCCAGGUCUUGUUAUUAUCCACCCACUUCUGCCCUGAUGUUCCUCAAGCUGGAAUCGGAGGCGUCUUUAUCAGCAGACAGCGGUGGUUUCACACUGUUUCUUUUGGCGAUGAGCAGUCAUUUAUGCAGAAGAUGAAAUUAAAGAUAAGGCCGUUACUAAUUCAUGCCUCUCAAGGUAACACGACACAGAGAUGCACAUAAACACGGCCUGCAGACACAUUCCCCUCUCUAUGCCAAGGCUGCUGUUUCCAUUCCUUCUAUGUCUUCCAGUUCAGCUGCUGCAGAAAGCCUCCUCAUCAGACGAGAGCUCAUUCAACAAGCCUUUUUCACAACAAGUUUUAAAUAGAGCUCAGAAUACUUCCCACUAAUGUCAUGCUCUGAGAAUGAACGCAGAGAAACAUUUUCUCACACUUUGAGGAGUUUGCUGUUCUCUUAUGUAUUUUUCUACAUACAUAUACAGUAUAUUAAUCUAAAUACACUGCUACUAAUACUAUACUGCCGCUGUAGGUGCACUGUACUCCAGCUCUCCUGAUACAGUGAAGAAUCAACGACUGAGGCCUUUUUUUAUGAAAAGUAGCAGCACAGAGGAGGAAGUAGGUUUUAUUCCAAGCUGUUUGUUUUUUCUAACAAUGUUGAUAAUACCUGCAAAGCACAGCGAGUUACGGUUUAAAGAGAAUGAUGUGAGCAGUGACUGAAGCUCACUGUUAUUCUGUGUAUUAAUGCUGCGUAGCUGCUUUUCUUGGAAGAUCACUAACUACCGCAUAAAGCAGCAUUAUCCACCAGGGUGUUUGUCACUGCGGUUACUGAGGUGAUGCUGGCUCCAUUAGGGCUGCACCGUAAACAGGGAAAAUACUUCCUUCCAGGCAUCAGUGUCUGUAACGUCAGGCUGUAGUCAUGUUUUCAAGUAGCUGAACUCUGUUGUCUCUGGACUCAGUGGACUCAUAUAACACAAUUAAGAUUUCCCGCAUGCUGUUUUAGUAUCGGUGUGAGCAGAGAAAAUGUAGUUUCCUUUUUCCUAGGAACAUGUAUCAUCGUCUUUACGUGCCCGGGCUGGAGGAGCUUCAGAACUAUUUUGUUUUGACUUCAGGUUUGAACGUAGGUUAAUCGUAAUCUUUGUCCCGGAUACAAAACAUUCACACGGAUGAAAUUUCUGGGAUGACUCACAGGUUAUGAAAUGUGUUGUCAUGUUUCAUGUUUAUACCUUAUAAUCAGAGACACGAUGGCUGAGCUGAAAGAAACGAUAGACUAAAUGACAAUCAGCUGUAGUUCGAGUGGAUGAAACACUUUCUGUUUUGAGUGUGUUUUCUUCAGAAUCUCAUUUGAAUAUCCCACUUCUUUUAAAUCUAUUUUGGUUCAUCACUUACUUACUAUGCUUUAAAUAAAACAGCUGUUGACUACAAAUAGACUUUAUAAUGAAAGGGGAGGACCUGCCUCCUGCUAAAUGCUGGUAAAUGUAAUGUGAUUUGUUUCUUGCUGUUACUGUUUGAGAGGCCCUUUGGUGGCUGGCUAAUGGGAUUUAUACAUUUGACAGUAUUGGGACCAGUGAUAGGAAAAGAUAAUAAUCUGAGAUUCUGCGAAUCAGUAAUAUUAUUAUGAGAAAAAAGUCAAAGAGAAAAAGUCCCAACAGAGUAAAAGUAGGCUGCUUUGAGGGCAAAGUGUUGUUAUGAUUAAAUUAAUUGGAUUACGUACAUGUUCCAUUUCCUGAAAGUCUAAACUACAGACUACAGUCUUUACUUGUGUUUGGACUUUGCCUGCUGUGUCUGUUUAUUGACUCAUACAUCAUUUCCCCGAACUUGUUUCAUCUGAAUAUCCUAAAACCUGCGAUAAAUGAUUUAUUUUCCUAAUAGUGGCCCUGAAUACUCUGUUGUCCCUCAUCCUACCUGUAAACAAACACUCUCUCUAUGUUAUUACAGACUAUUGUUGUUCAUGUUGAGCCUCAUCCCAACUUUUAUCAGUUUUCCUUUUGAUUUACAAUGUGAAAAUCCAAAAUCUGUUCACUCUACCGGUGGACUGAUGUUGAUUAUGAGGUAGACUGUAACUACAUUGUUAUCAAAUCUACUGCUGUGUGUGUGUGUGUGUGUGUGUGUGGGACUUCUGCGAGGGUAUGUUUGUAUGCAUAUUCAUGAGUUCAUGCCUUAACAUUUACAAUCACUACUCGACGGAUAAUAAGUCUGACUUGACACUACAACUGUUGGAGAGGAUGAAAGGAGACUUCAGUGACUCUCGUCUCUUCUCACCUUAAAAAGUCUUUAAGUAACUUUGAUGUCGUUUUUGUGCCAAGUACUGUUUGCAUCUUUUGGCUGAUGCGUUAAAAAGUGACAGCUCUCAUUAACAUUCCUGACAGUUUCCAAAUUGCUGAGACCACUUUCAGAUUGAGGGUUUUUUCAGGGUGACUUUUUAUCUAAAAAAACGUGGUUACUGAGUGCCUCAAAGUCGGCGCUCUUCUCACCUCAGUUGAGUUUUGCAAAGGGAUUUUUCCAGAAGCAAGGACAGCUGGGAUUCGUUUCUGUUCAGUACCUCCCUGCUUCACACCGCAGAGCUUCCAAAAGAUUUCUGUUGAUUUCUGUAUUAGUCGCCAAUGAGCAGCUCCUGUGCUGCUGUUCAGGGUUUAGUGCCUUGCUUAGGGGCAUCUUGACAGACAUGUUUUGAGGAUUGUCCUGUUAACUGAGUAGUCUUGUUUCUUGGAAAAAAAAAA